AUGAACCUAAGUUGCAGCGUGUUGCUUGGUCUUGCGUUGGUCAGCGCUAUAUCAAUAGUCCGUUCUUCCUCUGCCGAAGGCACACCGACUCGUUUCGUCACAGAUGAACUGCCUGAUCAACACAGCCGAACAAGCAUACGUUAUAGCAAGCAUGGUAACUUCAUGCCAUCUGUUGCGAAUGGCUACGUUGGAACAGUGAUCUACAGCGAUAGCGUGCACGUGUCUGGGGUCUAUAGUGGCAAAGCUUACCCCAAGAAGUACCCCAUUUACCCGAUAAAUUUGUAUCAGCACGCUCAUCGAGCGCGAAUCCCUUCCACGGCUUCCAUCAAUUUCAAAAUCAAUGGCAUCAAAGGAGAAUCCUCGUACGCGCUGGACGUGAGCGAGGGGGUGUUCUACAAAUGGUUCAAGGCCGUGAAUUUGACCGUGGAGCAAAGGAUCUACGCGCACAGGACCAGAAAGAAUCUCUUGGUUGUGGAAAUCACUGCCAAGAAUGAUGCGAACAGGAAUUUCUCGAUGAGCCUUAUUCCAAACAUGGGAUAUAUUACAAGGGACAUUCAUUUCUUCAUGACCGAAUCCUACCGAAGUGAAGCACUCGCCGCCACUGGCUUGGUAAACCAGACAGAAGAAUAUGGAAGUAUGCGCCCAAACGUGGCCAUUGUAUGGAAGUACUCAGAUUCCAAUAAUCCUCUAACCAUCAAAGCCAGCCCAAAGGAGCAGACCUGGUACUACAUCACUUCAAUAGCGACAAACCUGGACACGAAGUUCAACCCGCUCGUUGAAGCUCUGAAUCAAUGGGACGAAGCUAUGCUCGUGAAAGAAAAGCUGCUUGCAGAGCACAAAGCAGCUUGGAAAGAAAUAUGGGACACUGGUCGGAUAGACAUUGAAGGUGAUCUAGAGAUGGCACAGGCAGUGUAUGGUAGUAUGUACUACAUUCUAAGUUCCACCCGACAUGAUUGGCCGUACGGAUUAAGCCCCGGGGGUCUACCGGGUGGCGAGGAGUACAUGGGGCAUACAUUCUGGGAUCAGGAUAUUUGGAUGUACCCCCCUCUAGUCCUGCUUCAUCCAGACUUGGCCAGAAGUUCCAUGAGAUAUCGUAAGAACAGGUUGCCGGCUGCGCGCAGAAUCGCCAAGGAGUAUGGAUAUAAAGGUGCUAUGUUUCCCUGGGAGAGUUCCUAUACUGGCCUGGAGACUUCCCCUGGGGAAAAGUACGGUAAAAAUCAGAAUCACAUUACCGGUGACGUCGCGUUUGCAGCCAAGAUGCUCUGGGAGGCUACCAAGGAUUUCUACUGGUUGCGGGAAGUUGGUUACCCGCUUGCGUACCAGACCGCGGAGUACUGGGCAAGCCGUGUAGAAUAUGAUGCUGAGAACGACAGAUACGUCAUCAAUGACGUCAUGCCGCCAGAUGAGUAUCACUAUCCGGUCAACAAUUCAUUUUUCACUAACGUUGUGGCUAAGAUAAAUCUUCUCUUUGCCAAAGAAGCCGCCGAUAUCUUGGGCAAAGAGGUUCCAGAAUUGUGGUCAACGAUUGCGGAAAAAAUGUUCAUUCCUUUCGACAGUCACUAUAAAUACCAUCCGGAGUUUGACGGCUACGACCGAACAGUGUGGGUCAAACAAGCAGAUGUGAUACUGACAGGCUUUCCGUUGAUGUAUGACAUGGACAAGCAGGUUCGCUUGAAUGACUUAGCAUUUUACGAGAAUCGCACAGAUCCUAGCGGCCCUGCCAUGACACAUGCUAUGUUUGCUAUUGGCUGGCUGGAAGCUGGUAAAAAACAGAAAGCAGAAAAGUCCUUCUUGAAGAACUAUGCUAACAUCCAAGGUCCUUUUAAGGUAUGGUCCGAGAGGAGGUACGGCUAUGGUGCAGUGAAUUUCAUUACUGGAGCUGGAGGCUUCUUGCAAGCUGUUCUCUACGGUUAUGGCGGCUUCCGAUUAAAAGACGAUGGCCUCCACUUCAAGUCCACCCUCCCUUCCAGGGUAACGAAGUUAACCCUGAACAUACACUAUCUGGGAUGCUCGCUAAAGUUUGAGGUACACGUCAGGGGGAUAACCUGCACGCUGGUGUCUAACGGCCCCAUAUCACCUGAUCUGGAGGUGGUGAGAGGAAGACACGUGUACGCUUUGAAAAGGGGCGAGCCUGUUACCCUGAAAACAAAGCAAGGAGUGGUGCGCAAGCGCGUAGGGAGGAAAUAGCUUAACCGUGCCCCUCAGUCGCAAAGAUGGGAUCUGAGAUGAGUAGACUCCUCACUCCUUAAGGGCGCAAACUGUUCUCUUGUUGUGCAGAUUUGAGACUGCGCAGAAUCAUUUUAUUAAAACAUGUAAUCACGA